AUGGCGACAGCAACGCUGAACUUCAUCACAUUCAACCAGGACCACGGGUGCCUGGCGGUCGGAACCUCAAGAGGCUUCCGCAUCUACCACACCGAACCGUUCUCCAAGAUAUUCUCGAGCGAAGACGGCAAUGUAUCGAUAAUCGAGAUGCUUUUCUCCACCUCUCUGGUCGCCCUAAUAUUAUCCCCGAGACACCUGAUAAUACAAAACACGAAGCGAGGCUCUGUUAUCUGCGAACUCACUUUCCCAUCUGCCGUGCUAGCCGUGAGGCUAAACCGCAAGCGACUUGCCGUUGUCCUUGAGGAUGAGAUAUACCUCUACGACAUUGCCAACAUGUCACUUCUAUUUACGAUAGCUACCUCCCCGAACCCAAGCGCCAUAUGUGCACUCUCGCCAUCGUCCGAAAACUGCUUCCUCGCCUACCCGCUACCCAAGCCACGAGAGGACAAAGACGACAAACGACCCAGCCACGCACCCCCUCUCCCAACAUAUAUCCCACCAACCUCUGGAGAUGUUCUCAUCUUCGACGCCAUCACCUUGAAAGCCGUCAACGUUAUUGAGGCACACCGCUCGCCCCUGUCCUGUAUCGCCAUAAACAGCGAGGGCACGCUUCUGGCGACGGCUUCCGAGACUGGUACUAUCAUCAGGGUGUUUACCGUGCCGAAGGGGCAGAAGCUGUACCAGUUCCGCCGCGGCACCUAUCCCUCGACAAUAUAUAGCAUGUCGUUUAAUCUCAGCUCCACCCUGCUUUGCGUCUCGUCAACAUCCGAUACAGUGCACAUUUUCCGCCUCGGCGGACCCAACAACGGAGCGUCGGGUGCAGCUGGUGCUGCAGGUGGCGCAGGAGAGAUCCUGACAGCCAGCCCAGGACAGGAUAUUACUGGUUCUCCGCGCGCAGACCGUUGGGCCAGAUCUAGGAGCUACGACAGUGGCAAUGAAUCGCCUGGCAGUGGCAGCGAAGCUAACGACAUCGCGGGGUCUCCGUCUCCUAGGGACCGCCCAACCGUUGCCAAUAGGAGACAGAGUGGUUCUUUUAGCAACAUCCUGCGUCGUUCUUCACAGAUUAUGGGUCGCAGCGUUGCCGGAGUUGUCGGCUCGUAUCUGCCACAUACUGUGACGGAAAUGUGGGAGCCAGCGCGCGACUUUGCAUUCAUUAAAAUCCCAAAGUCGGCCUCCACAAGGCAAAACAAUACAGCAGGCGCUGCCCCCUCGCUCCCCAUCACAGGCGAGCCUCUGCGCAGCGUGGUUGCGAUGAGUAGUAGUAGCCCGCAGGUGAUGGUGGUAACUAGCGAUGGCAAGUUUUAUGUGUACAACAUCAACAUGGAGACUGGAGGUGAAGGGUAUCUAGUCAGACAAUACUCGAUCUUGGAGAAUGAUGACAAGCACGACUCUUCUUCGGCAUAUGAGUCUUAG